CUGGGCGUGAGAAUCAAAUCCUAACUCUCAAAAAGCAGUGCUCCUCAAUAGAACAGAACCUCUCAAUUCAAAUUUGGGAUUACAGUACUUUUUUUAAAUUCCAAUCAGGUAAGCCUAAUGUUAUACCAUAAUUUUUUGUUUCAUUGCUAGUUUGUUCAAUAUCCAUUUUGCCUGUCUGCUUAACAUUUAUCUACCGUUUUAAUUUAGAAUUUGAGAUUGUGAUACACAUUUUAAAAGCUUAUUUAAAUUUUUACACAUGCUUUAGGGCAUGCCAAAGUAUUUUUUUCUUCAUAUUUGUUUCUUAUUCAUAUGUUUCACAGGCAGUGGUAUGCUUUUUUGGAGCAAUUUUAUGGAACAACAAAAGACAAGAGGAUCUUACAUUCAUAAAGACAACUUUACAAUACCUGAAACUUGAAUAUCCCUUGCAUCUGUCCAAGUAAGUGUGAUUUGGGCUGUUUACAAUAAUCAUUCAAUGAAUACUGACCAAAAAGCCAUCUUUAUUUGUUGUUUGAUUCAUUCUGAUUGACAGAUUACUUACAAUUUGCUUUAUUCUCCUUAGGAACGGACAGAACCUAUUAAACUACAGUUUAUCUACUGUACUUGUAAGACCUUCAGUACUCUCUUUCUUUGGGAGAUUAUCUGCACCAUCUCAGUCAUGGUUGGAGUGAAGCCCACAGACUUGGCCCCUACAGCAGCUGUUAAGUUCUUUGGAGCUGGAACUGCAGCCUGUAUUGCUGACUUGAUCACCUUCCCCUUGGACACAGCUAAAGUUAGGUUGCAGGUGAGAGGGUGCAUAUGCUUUACAUACAGUACAGUGAUUUUAUAACCAUGAUUAUGCAAAAAAAAGUAAGGAAAGGUUUCUGUUCAAUUAUCUACACUAGUAUACUAUUUAGAAUGACGCAAUGUAUUGGACAUGUACUCUUAAGUGGUAUGCUAGUAUGGUCAUUGCAAUGUAGCCAUGCUUUACAUAAUGAUUAUGUAAAGGUAUUCUGUCUUGAUUGAAUUGUGUCACUAGGAUUACUUUCAAUACAAAGAUGAAUGAAGACUUGUGUUUGUCUUUCUUAGAUCCAGGGCGAGUCCAAGUCCUCUGAAGGGAAGAUGGUGGUGAAGUACAGAGGUGUGUUUGGCACCAUCAAUACCAUGGUGAAAACAGAGGGGCCCAGGAGCCUCUACAACGGCCUGGUGGCGGGUCUCCAGAGACAGAUGAGCUUCGCCUCGGUCCGCAUCGGCCUCUAUGACUCCAUGAAGCAGUUCUACACCCGGGGAACAGACAGUACGUUACCUCCUAACAGACAUUUUCAGUAUAAAAUACCAGUUUAUUUAUCUCUCAAUCACAUUUUUAUCUGAGUUAGUGGAAGUAGAAGAUCAUGAAUGUGGCUGAAAGAAUGUGUCUUGGUGUUUUAUGACUGCAUCUCUCAUCCUCGCUACUCCUCUACUCUCAUAGAUGCAGGCAUUGGGAGUCGGCUGAUGGCAGGCUGUACAACCGGGGCCAUGGCAGUAGCCUUUGCUCAGCCAACAGAUGUGGUGAAAGUGCGGUUCCAGGCUCAAAUCAGGGGAGCAGAAGGGGAGGGGGUGAAGAGAUAUAACGGCACCAUGGAUGCCUACAGGACCAUCGCCAGGACUGAGGGCAUCAGAGGGCUCUGGAAGGGUAGGCCUAAUGCAGUCUGAAUUUCAGUCCAAAUAGGAAUAUUACAUUUGCUUUACAUGCAUAAAAAGAUGAUUCUGUAGUUAUAAUUAACAGUUUCAUUUAAAAUGUAUCUUCCAGGUUGCGGCCCAAACAUAACUCGUAACGCCAUAGUGAAUUGUUCGGAGCUGGUGACUUAUGACAUCAUCAAGGAACUUAUCCUGAAGUAUAACAUCAUGACUGGUAAGCAGGCAUGUGAUUUGUUUUACACCUACACGGGGUACAUUUGAAUAGUUACAAGUACUUGAAAGUGUAUAUUAAGUAAUUUUUGUAUUUAUUUUUUAUUACAGAUAACCUGCCCUGCCAUUUCACGGCAGCCUUCAGUGCUGGUUUCAUCACCACUAUUGUGGCGUCUCCUGUAGAUGUAGUGAAGACCCGGUUCAUGAACAGUUCAGCUGGAAAAUACAACAGCGCUAUUAACUGUGCUAUUACGAUGAUGAGAAACGAGGGACCCAAAGCCUUCUAUAAAGGGUGUGUAGUAAUCAAAAGCCACAUUUCUAAAUACAAAUUGCUUUCAAAUCAUCUUUGGCUGAAUCAAGAUCAUUCCUAGAUAUGAACAGUGAAUUAAGGAAAUCGUUCUGCUUAGUUAAAUAAUCUGAUUCUCCUUCCCCUCCAGGUUCAUGCCUUCUUUCCUUCGCCUUGGCUCCUGGAACAUCGUAAUGUUUGUCACAUAUGAGCAAAUCAAGAUACAUGUGAUGAGAGCUCAGCAGUCCUGGGAGUCUCCUAUCUAACCUGUCUCAUCCUGACAGACUGCUAUGUGGAUUUCUCUUACUGACUAUGAUGUUCAAAGCCAUGACCGCGUGUAUAGGCAGAGCACAUCUUCAUCUAAAGGAGGAACCACACAAGUAUUAGCCUGGUCCCAGAUCUGUUUGUGCUCUUGCCAACUCCAUUGAUGUCCUUGUCAAGCCUUGACAAUGAGUGACAAGGAGUUGGCAUGAUAGCACAAACAGACUGGCACUCAGGC